AUCUUUUAACACUUGUAAUUUAAUAAUGAAUCGAUUAAGAGUUCUUGGUUUAACAUCUUUUACUCAACAAGCUCGUAUAACAGCAAGUUUUGCUCUUAGACAGCAACCACGUAUUAUACCUCGUGUAGUAGCAGCAACUACAACUAGUACUUUCUUUAAUCAUCGUACUUAUACAACUACUCCUUCACAAACAUUGAAUGGUUGGGCAUGUUUUGGUAAAGAUAAGCCCCUGGUUAAAUCUGAAUUUCCUUUAACUGAAUUUGGUGAUGAUUCAGUUGAUAUGGAUAUUAUCUGUUGUGGUAUUUGUGGCACUGACAUUCAUACAAUUGAUUCAGGAUGGGGUCCAACAAAUUAUCCAGUUGUAGCAGGUCAUGAAAUCAUUGGACGUGUAACACGUAUAGGAAAGAAUGUAAAGCAUCUCAAGGUAGGAGAUCGUGUUGGUGUAGGUUGUCAAUGUGAUUCUUGUAGGCAAUGUAAGAACUGUAAAGAUCAUAAAGAGAACUUGUGUGAGGAUCAUGCUAUUUGGACAUUCAAUGAUCACUGGAAGAAUGGAGAUACAACCUAUGGUGGAUUUGCUGACCGUUGGAGAGGUAAUAAGGACUUUGUAUUCAAGAUCCCCGAUGCACUUCCUAGUGUAGAUGCUGCCUCUAUUAUGUGUGGGGGUGUGACAACGUAUGCACCUAUGAAGCGUUAUGGUGUCGGUAAAGGAAGUAAGAUAGCUGUACUAGGCUUAGGUGGUUUAGGUCAUUUUGGUGUUCAAUGGGCAAAGGCAAUGGGUGCAGAGGUGGUAGCCUAUGAUGUUGUACCUGAAAAGAUAAAGGAUGCAAAGGCACUUGGUUGUGAUGAUUAUGUCCUCGUACAGGAGCCUGAUCAAAUGAAACGACAUAUGAAUUCAUUUACACAUAUCCUUGCUACAAAAGUGAUUAACAAAGCUUGGAGUGAUUACUUUAAUAUGUUGAAGAAAGAUGGUAUCUUUAUUCUUUGUGAUAUUCCUGAAGUUCCUUUGUCUGGUUUAAAUGCACUUGAAAUGGCAGCCAAACAAAUCACCGUUGCAGGAUCAUUUAUCGGUUCUCCUGAUGAUAUUCGUGAAGCCCUUGAUGUUGCUGCCAAGAAUGGUAUUCGUACCUGGGCUAACGAAUUCCCAAUGGAUAAAAUCAAUGAUGCUAUUCAAUUCGUUAGAGACGGACAACCAAGAUACAGAGCUGUUCUUGUAAAUCAAGCUUAGCUUAAAAAAAAAAAAAAAGAAAACAAAAAUAGAAA